AUUUGCGACUGAGUUAAUCGAAGUUUUUCAUCUCACUAUAUAACAAGACGUUAUUGUCUUUCUGUCGGUCUAGAGAGAGAGAGAGAGGGAGAGAUCCGUAACUUCGCUUGUUUAACGUAGAUUUAAUAUUCUUAGUGGUUAGGGCAUUCGGCUUACGAUCAUAAAAUCGUGAGUUCAAUUCCCGGCGACACGUUGUGUCCUUGAGCAAGACACUUUAUUUCACGUUGCUCCAGUCCACUCAGCUGGCAAAAAUGAGUUGUACCUGUAUUUCCAAGGGCCAGCCUUGUCACACUCUGUGUCACACUGAAUCUCCCUCAGAACUACAUUAAGGGUACACGCGUAAGUGGAUGGCACGUCAAUUUCACGAGCAAGCUGUUCCGUUGAUCGUAUCAGAUGGGACCUUCGUCGUCGUAACCGACGGAGUGCUCCUUUUUUAAUAUUCUAGGUACAUAAAAAUCACGCAGUCCUUGUUGCUUGUUAAUCCUGGGUUAUUCCCGAUAGAGCAAAUCUACGAUCUAAGUCUAACCGUGGUUAAUCCGUGUUUUCACCUUAUCACAUCAUCUCCUUGAUUUUAUAAGGUUGUCUCUAUCGCAUUUCUGAGGACAUGCAAUAUUAGAGAGGUACAGCUUGCAUUUCUAGUAGAUCGAGCUAUCGCAAAGAGAUUUAUUUGAACCUCAAAUGUUAAAUUUAGAAAGAAAAAUAAAAGAACAAUCACAAACACAACAAAAAUGAAUCAUUAUUUCCACUUCUUUAAAAGCGAGAGUCGGAUGACAAUGUGUAAGGGCCAUAAUUCGUUGAACACCGUUCCUGGAGACGGUGUCUGUCGAGCAACAUGAACAACUUCCGCUCCUGCAAUUGUUUACAAAACAACACAAACAACAGCAAAACCAGCUCCACCACCGUUAAUAGCAAUAACAGUAACUUUCAAAGGUUAUCAGGUGCCGAACAGCAUGUGUGUUGCCAGAGUCCAUCGUUACAACCUUCGUUGCAUCAAACUUUACCAGAAUUAGAUUUCGAAAGAGGUUUAUGGAAUGAUGCUGUAACUGGAGACAUUCAAGGGAUUCGCCUGAAACUGGAGAAACAGCGAUAUGGAUGCACGGCCAAUGCCACAGAUACAUCGGGUUAUACUCCUUUGCAUUAUGCAAGUCGCAGUGGACACUUGGAGAUCUGUAAGUUGCUUGUAGAGCAUGGUGCCAAUGUUAACUGCACAACAGCUAGUGGCCUGGCCACUCCAUUGCAUCGAGCUGCUUACAGUGGACACAGCUCUGUUGUCAAGUUUCUCCUUGACAAAGGUGCUGACCCUUUUAAAUGUGAUGCUGAUGGAAGGACUGCUUUGCAUAAGGCUGCUGUGAAAAGUGAUGCAGACAUCAUAAGCCUCCUCUUACACAGAUAUCCUCAACUGCACAACAUCACAGACAACAAUGGUUUUCGUGCUAAACACUGUUUACCAGAAGACAAAUCAACACAACUCUUAGAUUUAUUCCCUUAACACUGGAAGUACCAUUCUUUUAUUUUUUUGUGACGUUUUUGUUUUCUAUCCCCCUCCUCCUCCCCCAGUAUUGGUAGCUCAUGUCUGCAAAUUCUUUGUUAACGAGAGAAAGAGAAGUAUGGUCAAAAUCACACAAGCUGGUGCUUGACAGAAUCCAAAACAGCAACAUCAAGAAGAAAUAUCACUGAAUACCACAGAGUGAGGGGUUGUGGUGGUGGUGGUGGUAAUGAGAGGAGAAGUGUUCAUGGUUGGAACCCUGUUGAUUUUAGUCCUUUUUGAUUAGCUUAACCUGGAGCUCAACAUUUGCCAUCAUCAUCACACUACCAACAGUCCUAACAUGACCACCACUAAUUUUAACACCAUUUCCACCACCACCACCACCACCACCACUACAACUCUUAACAUCAUUACUACAAUCACCACCAAUACCAUUAUCCACAUCUCCACCAACACCACCCGUCCAUCUGUCUUGCCAACCAGCAAAAUUCCCCUCAUAUCAAAACCAGUAAAGGUGCCUCUGCUUGGUCAUUUGACCAGCUAGAAAUAGCAGCUGCUUUGCUACCUUAAUAAAGGACAUGUUGGAUAGUGGGGGACUGAACUCCUGCACAGGGUAGAAUAAAAAAUGAGAUGGUCACGAGUGGUAGGUCUCUGAUCAUAAACCUAUUGAUUGCACUAAACAACAACAACAGCAACAAAUCUCCCUUAAAGGAACUUGGUAAAGUGAUGGCUGGAACUUCUUUGAUCGUAUGUCUGAUCAGGGCUGAGCUAAGGCUAAAUAGCAUUAAAGGGGUCAAAUACAAGAACAAGGGCCUGAGAUGGAGAGGUUUGUCAAUGCCACUGAGAUUUUAUCGACCUCAGAAGGGUGAAAGGCAAACCAUGGAAGAAUUUGAACUCAGAAUGUAAAGAGCCAAUGACAAAUGUUACAAAGCAUUUCUUCCACUGUUUUAAUGAUUCUGCCAAAUCCACAUAACAACAACAACAAACAGAGUGAAACAUUUUCUGUCAAAAUAAGUUUUAAAAAUGGACAAAAACUUUGAAAUAAAAUAAAAUAUAAAUAAAACAAAAAAUAUUAAAUUCUUUCUAAGAA